UCUGUGCUCACGACAUUUACAGCAAACAGGGCAUUCGAGAUCACGCCCAUACUGACGGCCCUUUGACUCCUCUCCGUCACCUUCGUCCGCCGGCGAGGAAAAAGGGCCGAUUCUCCUCGCUCCAUUCACUGCAGUCGAACGAGGAGGACUCCGUGGCCGAUAUCGAUACCGUGGCAUUCGUAUUCUCAGAGAGAAGUAGCCCAAAGGGAAGAGAAUUGAUCUCGCUCCAAAUCUCUAAGCCCGUUCUUUUUCGGAAUCUAUCAGGCGAUCUUCCGCGCAUUCAGGAAAUUAGAUACGCAGAGUGAAGUGGAGUCUGCAGAAGGCGAUCUUUCUCGCGACCGUCUCGAUGCAAUACAGCAAUGGCUCCGCUGCUGGUUCCGGCUCCGCUGCUGGUUCCAGCUCCGCAUCGGGGGGCGCAUCGGCUACAACGAGGAAUUCCAAGCGCCCCAAGUAUUCAAGAUUUACACAGCAAGAACUUCCAGCAUGCAAACCUAUUCUCACUCCAAGAUGGGCAAUCUCCGUAUUUAUUCUCAUCAGUGUCAUCUUUGUCCCAAUUGGCAUUGCAGCACUAAAGGCUUCCAGUAAGGUUGUCGAGAUUGUGUAUCGCUAUGAUGAUGAUUGCGUCCCACCAAACAUGGCUAGCAUGAAGGUUGCAUACAUUCAGAACGAUACAAUAGACAAAACCUGCACUAGAAUUCUCAAGGUGCCAAAACACAUGAGUCAGCCUAUUUAUCUGUACUAUCAACUUGAUAACUUCUACCAGAACCAUAGGAGGUAUGUGAAGAGCCGAAAUGAUGCACAAUUAAGGAAAGGUAGUGAGGCAAAUGAAACCAGUGGCUGUGAUCCAGAAAGGACAGCAAAUGGUGCUCCAAUUGUUCCAUGUGGUCUCAUAGCUUGGAGUUUGUUCAAUGAUACAUAUAGCUUUUCCAUUAGAAACAGAAAUUUGACUUGUGUAAACAAGAAAGACAUUUCUUGGAAGAGUGACAGGAAUCACAAAUUUGGAAAAGAUGUCUAUCCAAGGAAUUUCCAGAACAGCACUCUCAUAGGUGGUGCAAAACUUGACCCAGCAAAACCGUUGAGUGAACAGGAAGAUUUGAUUGUUUGGAUGCGUACUGCUGCACUUCCGACAUUCCGGAAGUUGUAUGGGAGGAUUGAGCAGGAUCUCAAUACGAAUGAUGUCCUUACUGUUCAGUUGCAAAAUAACUACAACACCUACAGUUUCAGUGGCAAGAAAGCUUUGGUGCUAUCAACAUCAAGUUGGCUUGGCGGGAAGAAUGAUUUUCUGGGCAUUGCUUACCUGACUGUUGGAGGUUUAUGCUUCUUUUUAGCCGUUGCCUUCACCAUUGUAUACUUGGUAAAACCAAGGAAGCUUGGGGACCCUUCAUACUUGUCGUGGAAUAGAAACCCUACUGGCCAUUAACUUUUUUGUUGAGAAUACCAAAUCCUUAGACAACUUCAUUGUCUCUGUCUCUCUGUCUCGUUCUUAUUCAUUCAAUUUCAAGAGAAAACGUGACUCAUCUGCUGGGUUUGAUCUCUGCUUAAAGCAGAAGCCCAUAACUUGCUGUCUUAUUAAAAUUGUCUUCUUUUUUUUGUUUCCAAUGCCCGUAUUUUAGUAAUAUCAUUGUGGAUGUUGACAAAUUGCCAAA